GGGUGGGGGAGCUUUGUCCCUGAAAUAAGCAGUUGUGGGGAGCCGUGGGUGGAGAUACCAGGGCAGCUGAUGUGGAAAGAAACAAGUCGGAAGAGGGACCAGUGAUGAGGGCUGAGGGAUGGGAAGUUUGUCAUACCGGAGUCAGAUAACAAAAAUCUGUGCAGAGAAGGGCAGUAUUUCGCAGCUAAUUCAAAAUUGACAGCCUAUACUUGGUAAUAAAACGAGGAUGGCAGAGGGACAAGGUGGCGGCGAGUCAGGGUGGUGCCCUAUUGACCUCUCACCUUGUGCUGUGCCCCUCCUGGCAUCCUAUCCUGCUCUUGCCUCACCUCCCUUUCCCCGUUCCCCUGUGCCUGUCCAGGCCUCUUCUGGCCCGUGGGAUCCAGCCUCAGCUUCCAUCAGCAGCCCUUCCCUGCUGCUCCCCACCCCGGCUAUCGUCUUCAUCGCCGUGGGCGUGUACUUGAUGCUGCUGGGCCUGGUGCUGCUGGCUAGGCACUGCCUGCUGGCUCAGGGCUGCUGCACAGACUGCAGCUUCCCAUGCAGGAAACAAACUGCCUCAGAGACCCAAGACUGUUGCUGGAGCUGCGCAGAAGCCUGUGACUUCCCUCUGCCCAGUCCAGCCCACUACCUGGAUGCCUGCUGCCCUCAUCCCAGCGAAGGCUGGGCGCCUCGAUGCCCUCGAUGCUGCCCAUUGUGUGACUGUGCCUGUGCCUGCCAGCUUCCGGACUGCCAGAGCCUCAACUGCCUCUGUUUCGAGAUCAAGCUCAGAUGAAGGAUGGGGGUGGGGGGCUUGUUCUUUGGGGAGUGGCCCGCCCCUAGAGCCCCCUUUAUAAUGGCCCUCAGGACACCACUACUAGGCUACAGCUGGCGGGCCCAGCCUAACUAUCUGGGAGCCUUGAGUGGAGGGCCUGGUUCCCUGCAGGACAGGAUUCUGACAGCCCUUGGACAGCUGAAUUUCGCCCCCUUUGGAGGGCUGGAAAGAAAAGGGGCUGGUGUUCUGGCAGUGCCCUGGCCAUCACCCCCUCCCUCCCCUGGUAAACGAUAUACUUGAAGGUGAGGAUGCAAGACAUUGCUCACCUUGGCAACAGUAUGGGAGGGCUCUGCCAACCGGGAAUAUCAAGAUGUAGGGAUGGCCGGCACACCCUGCCUGUAGACUCCCUGUUAGUUUAAGAGAUCCCAGACUCGAGAUUGAUUUCUCUUGAUCACUGUAUUUUCAAGGAAGAGUUUCCUCUAAAGACCGGU